ACUGCCUUUUAAAAGCCGAACAAAACAAAAACGUUUGUUGAAGUGUUCCGCUCUACCAACCUGAUGGAGGGUGCACCGGCUGGUGUGCCCACGCCUGCAGCACUGGUCUCCCCGGUAGACACGGACGAACCAGGACCCAAUGAUGUCCUUCCUGCAAUCACUCAAGAUCCCUCUGUUCCUGGCGCUGCCGCCACUGACCCUUCAACUGUUCCAAGUGCUGGUAUCGACCCAGGUGCCCCUGGUAACCCAGGUGCUGAUGCUAGUAGGACAUCCUUGUCAGAGCCAGGUGAACCUAAGGUACCCCAGCCAUCUGGUGCAGAAGAUGCGACUGCCUUGGAUGCCGCUGAGGGUGAUGAAGUCAGUACUCCCCCACCACCAGAAGACCCAGUGGAAACGGCUCUGCGACAGUGUGUCGAGUGGGUGAAAAGCAGAAUCUUCAUGAUAGCAAAACCUGACCUGUGGAAUGAGUCAGAGCAUGGCCCCGUUGCAAGGGAUUUCUUGACAAGCACGGAGCAUGGCACAUUGUUUGUGUAUGUGGAAUCGUCUACCUCCUCCACAUCGACUUCGACGUCGACUUCGACUUUGGCUUCGACUUUGACUUCGACUUUGGCUUCGACUUUGACUUCGACUUCGACUUCGACUUCGACUUUGACUUUGACUUCGACUUCGACUUUGACUUCGACUUCGACUUCGACUUCGACGUUGCGCUGUCAGAAAGGUCCACCUCCCUCCGGGCCCAAAGAGGUGUUAUUCUUCAUCCGGGACCCUCACAGAGCUGUGACCAUCGACAACGUGGAUGGUCUUGUGAACUGUGCCACCAUUAAAGGCCACCCCCUCGACAGCAUGCAGCGCUUCAUGCAGGGUGUUUUUGUGCCAGAGGUUGUGAACAACCAAGCUUGGCCAGAUAACGCCAAGAAGGAGUUUAUGGGUCAGCUGCAUCGGUUCAUGGCGAGCCUGACGGAGUGUACGUAUCAUGUGAAAGGGAAAACUGUGCUGUACAUCCCUCAGGAGGACCUCGAGAGCAUGACGGAAUCAAGGUUAAAGAAGGACAAGGAUCUUGUCCAACGUCUUGAGUCGGCACUGAUCCACUGGACCAGACAAAUCAAAGAGGUGGUGAAUAACCAAGAUAAUGCGGAGCUUGGAGAAGAGGCAGGGCCGCUUGCGGAAAUUGAGUUUUGGCGCAGUCGAAGCGUGGACCUUAGUGGGAUUCGGGAACAGCUCAACGAUCCCAGCAUCGGCCGGAUAGUGGGGAUUUUGGAGAAGGCCAAAUCUUCCUACUUGGCACCAUUUUUGAAUCUCUCCAACUUGAUUCAGAGAGAAGCUAUGGCUGCUGAGGACAACCUCAAAUUCCUGUCCAUAUUUGAAGAACCUUGUCAAGCGUUGGCCGUGGCAGAGCCCAAGGUUAUUCCGAACGUCCUUGUGAAAAUACUGCAUUGCAUUAGACUGAUUUGGAACAUAAGCCAGUUCUACAACACUCCAGAAAGGAUCACAGGGCUUCUGCGAAAGGUGAGCAACGAGAUCAUCAGCCGUUGUCGUGCCAAAAUUUCCGUGAAGGAGAUCUUUGAUGGUGAUGUGGAGAGGUGUCGAGAGGCCCUACGGGAGAGUAUGAAGGCUGGUGAGGCUUGGAAACGAGCUUACAAAAUGACAGCUGAUCAGGUUGCAUCUUUUGCCUCUUCGUCGUCUACUGCUGGCCCUGGCCGAGGAUCCAUCUCCACCACCGCAGCAACCCUCAAAAACAUAACCAACAUCGCUGCACCUGGUCAUCCAACGAAUGUUCUGGAAACCAGCAACCCAUCUGCAACCCCAAAUGUUGGCACGCAAAAUGGGAACAAACCGCGGCCAGGAGCAGCAGCAGGAGGGGGAGGAGAUCCAGCAGUAGGGGGCCGAGCAGUGGGCCCCGUCGACUCAAGCUACGAUGAUGCGCAAAACCGAGCAGGGAGUGGAAGCAAAAGUGGUGCACAAGCGGGUGUGAAAUCCGGUCCAGGGAGUGUGCCUUCACUUAGACUAUGGGAUUUUGAUACGAGCAGUGUGUUUGCUCACAUUGAUGCCUUUGUCCAACGGUGUCGAGAUCUUCUCGAGGUCUGCGACUCCCAAGAGCAAUUUGCUCUAAAAAAGGACCUGCCAUGCUUUGGUGGAACGCGGGGCCCGGAGAUCACAAAGAGCCUCUCAGAUAUCCAAGCUGCAUUUCAACGGCUAGCAUUCGGGCUUCAGAAUUUGAGCUACAGCAUUCUUGACGUCAAGAGCACGAUGUGGCAUGAUGACUACACGCGGUUCAAGAAUGGGGUAAAGGAUCUAGAGGUGAUGAUGCAAAACGUGAUAACACUGGCAUUCGAGUCGGUGGCGAACGUUGCGAACAGCCUUGAGCUGUUGGAUGCCUUCCAAUCGAUGGCCUACAGGGAGACCAUAAAGAGGUGCCUUGAGAAGGUCACUGCGGACGUGCUAACCACAUUUCUGGGUGAGCUGAAUGGGGCAAAGAAGCAUUUUGAUCAGAUGCGACGAAAGCCGGUCAUCAAUUCUACGUUUCCAAAAGGUGCUGGGGGAGCUUUGUGGGCCCAGGGUUUACGGCUUAGAAUCGACAGACCUAUGAACUGGUUGAAUAGCUGCCUCGGUUUCCUACCUCACGUGGCGGAGCUCGAUGAGUUGCAGCUGCAGCAUGUUCAGAUAACUUCCGCCAUCGAACAGUACAUUAGGAAUCAGCAUGUCGAAUGGUUUACCUCCAUUGAGCAGUCUAUGCCCAAGCUCUUGGAGAACAGCCUCAUGGUGCUCGACCAUGACGGGACCUUGGCCGUUAACUUCGAUAGGCAACUGCUGUCCCUCUUUCAUGAGGCCCACUACUGGGAGCGGCUUGGUUUCGAGAUCCCUGUUUUGGCCGUCGAGAUCUGUGCACACAAAGAGAAGUUAAGGGUCAUGCAAGAACAUGUUCUGAUGGUUGCCCGCGAUUACAACAAGAUACUGCGUUCUCUUGAACCAGCAGAGAGACAACUGUUCUCUGACAGAAUCAGGUACUUGGAUAAGAAGAUCCAUCCAGGGCUUCACAGGCUUAACUGGGUUUCGAGCAAGCACCAUUUGGACUAUUUUGUGAAGGAGGCGCGGAAGUUCUGCCGGGAAGUUCAAGGGACCGUCUCCGACUUCAAGAUGGCUCAUGAGAAGGUCCUUGGCAUAUGCAAGCGCCUAGGUGGGACUCUGCUUAUAAUCAUGGAAAAGAAGAAGGUUUAUGAAACCUGGGAGUUUGAAGAAAAGCAGGCAGAGCAUCGAGAGGUGGUCAGAUCAAAGUUUGAUCAAGCAUACUCAGAGCUCAAGAAGACAAUGGAAGGGGCAUACGAAAUUUUCGCUUUUGACGGAGAUGAUGUGCAAAGGGAAUGGGCCAGAUACUCGACGAAGAUUGACCGAAAAAUGGAGGAUGCACUGCGUCAGACGGUAAAGAAAUCCUUGCAAGAGUUAUCGCGUGCACUGAAUGGCGAUGCAAGGACAGAAGUUAUUCCCAUCUUCAACACGGGCGUUAUACUCGACAAGGAAACAAACCGUGUGGAGUUAAAGCCGUCAGUGAGGGAGCUAGUGGGAAUGAUGAAGACAGUCUGCAGCGAGCUCAUCACCGUUGUGAAGGCCAUGCCUCGAUUGGUGGAGGCACCCAGACCUCCUCGAUCAGCUCCCGCAGAUCUGAUGCUUCCAGAACUUCUUACAAUCACUUACUCCUCAUUGCUAGAAGAAGAACCAGAAGGAGGAGUUCCAAACAUGGUAGAGUCAGGGUCCGGCGGGCCACCAAAGGGCCCAACUAACUUACCCACCUACUACGAAAUGAUAUCUGCAGACGAAGACUCCUCUGUGAAAAUGAUUACCACUAUUACCAGCGGCAUAUCUGGCCUCUUGGAAAAAGUGCAACAGUUCCUAUACUACUGGGAGAAGAAAUACAAGCACAUUUGGGACCAAGACAAGGAAGCGUACAUUAGACGGUACGAGAGGGCAAAGAAGACGCUGUCCGCAUUCGAGGGUGACAUCAUGAAGUAUAAGGAGCUUCAAGAGGAGAUCGAGGCCGAGGACACGAGCACCAACAUGCGGUUCUUAAGGAUCGACUGUGGACCUUUGAAGCAAGCCAUCUGGGCACAUUGUGAAGCAUGGGUGUCCAAGUUCACGACGCUGCUCAACACCCUUGCCAAAACGGAGCUCGAGUCGAUAAAGAGCUACAUUAGCAGCAAUACACAACAUAUGCAGUCAGCUGUGCUCAACCUCGACAUGCUAGCGGAUGCCGUAAAUCUCUGGAAACGGCUCAAGCAGGAGCAGCCAACGAUCGAAGCGCGGUUGGAGCCCCUUGACGAGAAGUACAAAACUUUGGAAGCAUUCGAGGUGCCUGUUCCCGAGCAGGAACAGGAAAUGCUCUCUGGUCUUUCGGCUGAGUGGGCAGCAUUCACAGUAUUACUGAGCACGAGAGAGAAGGAGCUCGAAGCAGCAAAAGAGAACUUCCGAGAGAAACUUAUAAAACUGGUGGAUACAUUUGUCAAGGAGGUCGCAGAGCAGCGACAAGAUUUCCUGGCCCGCAUGCCACUUACUUCGGAGACGAGCACGGAGGCAGCGCUCGCUUUUGUUGCCGAGGAGCGGACAAAGCUGGAUGCAAAUCGGAAAAAGGAGCAGGAUCUGAACCAGGGGCUAAACAUAUUCGACAUGGCGCAGCCAGGAUAUAAAGAAUCGAUCGCAACGGCCAAGGAUUUGGACUUGCUGGAGGCAAUGUGGCAGUUGAAGAAAGAUUGGGAGAAUGCAUACGAUGGAUGGAAAGGAGGCCUCUUCCGCAACCUGCAAGUAGCGGAUAUGGAGUCCGUUGCCCAGCAGCUUUCGAAGCGUGUGACGAAGCUUGGAAGGGAUGUGAAAGCCUGGGCUGUCUGGUCAGAUAUGCGUGAUAAUCUGGACGCAUUCAAGCGGACACUGCCCUUGGUAAUCGAUCUUCGUAACCCAGCCAUGAGACCCCGUCAUUGGGUACAGCUACAGGAGCACAUGGGGACCACAUUCGAUCCGAACAGCGACGAGUUCACACUGGCCAAAGUGACGGAGCUGAGGUUCGACAAGUAUGCAGAGGCUAUCGGUGACUUGAGUGCCAAUGCAAGUAAGGAGCUGGCCAUAGAGCUGAGCAUUGAGACUCUCGGAGAGACGUGGAAAGAACUAACGCUCGACAUGGUCCCCUAUAAAGAGACUCACAAGGGAGUUUAUAAGCUGCGUAGCACAGAUGAAAUAUUUGCAGCAUUGGAGGACAACACAGUUACCCUUUCAACGAUCAAGGCAAGCAGAUACUACACAGUCUUUGAGAAAGACAUUAAUCAUUGGGAGCAAAGCCUCUCGUUGGUGUCAGAAAUGAUCGAAGUUGUUCUUCAGGUGCAAAGACAGUGGAUGUACUUGGAGAACAUAUUCAUUGGCUCCGAGGACAUACGGAAGCAAUUGCCUGCGGAGUCUACCAUGUUCGAUUCCGUGAAUGCGAGUUUCAUAGCCUCUAUGAACACCCUAUAUGAGAGCAAGAACGUGAUCAAGGGAACGCAUGUGCCAGGGUUGCUUGACACAUUCCUCGAAAUGGAAUCGAAACUGGAGAAGAUACAGAAAUCGCUGGAGAAUUACCUUGAGAAGAAACGACAACAGUUCCCUAGGUUCUACUUCCUGUCGAGCGACGACCUGCUGGAGAUUCUAGGCCAGGCGAGAGAUCCGUUGAAUGUGCAGCCGCAUCUGAAGAAAUGCUUUGAGGGUAUCAAGAAGCUGGAAAUGCACAUCCCCGGAGAAGGGCAGGGGAGGCCUGAGGAAUGGCUGAACAAGGUGGAGGCAGCAAUGUUUUCAACAACCAAGCGGCACCUGCUUAAGACGCUGGAGGAGAGUAAGGGCAUGAAAAAGGAGAAGUGGUUGAAGGACUACCCUGGCCAGUGCGUCAUUACCGCAGGGCAAAUUAUCUGGACAAACGAGUGCGAGCGUGCCUUGUUUGUCCCCGAAACUUCCAAAACUGCUUUGAGAAAACUCAAGAAGAGAUGGAUUAGCUACCUCAACAAACUUACCGCAGUAACAAGGUCUCGUUUGUCCAAGAUCGAUCGACUGAAAACGGUCGCGCUUAUCACAAUCGAGGUACACGCAAGGGACGUGAUUGACAAGCUUGCGAAGUCGGGCUGCAAGAGUGUCAACGACUUUGAGUGGAGCAGCCAGCUCCGCUUCUACUGGGAUCGUGAAGCGGGGGAAUGUAUCAUCAAACAGGUGCUCUCUGUCUUCUGGUAUGGAUAUGAAUACCAAGGCAACAAUGGGAGGCUGGUGAUUACCCCGCUGACGGAUCGUUGCUACAUGACCCUUGGUGCGGCCAUGUUCACUCGGCGAGGUGGGAACCCGCUGGGACCGGCUGGGACUGGCAAGACCGAAACUGUGAAAGACUUUGGGAAGGCCCUUGCCAGAUACGUGAUUGUCUUCAACUGCUCCGAUGGAGUGGACUACCAAAUGACGGGCAAAAUGUUCUCAGGCCUGGCACAGACCGGCGCUUGGGCUUGCUUCGACGAGUUUAAUCGGAUUGAAGUGGAGGUUUUGUCUGUGGUUGCAUCGCAGAUCGCGGCUGUGAUGUCUGCCAUCAAGAGUGGUGCACAGCGGUUCAUCUUUGAAGGCCAAGAUAUCCGUCUGAACCCCGCAUGUGCUAUUUUCGUUACGAUGAAUCCGGGGUAUGCGGGGAGAUCGGAACUUCCGGACAAUCUGAAAGCGCUGCUGCGGCCGGUGUCCAUGAUGGUGCCAGACUUUGUGCUGAUUGCGGAGAUAAUGUUAUUUAGUGAGGGUUUCCAAGGAGCCAAGGUGUUGUCGAAGAAGAUGAUAGCCAUCAUGGAGCUGUCACAGCAGCAACUCUCCAAGCAAGACCAUUAUGAUUACGGUCUGCGAUCCUUUGUCAUUCCCAUAGCAAGAGCUGCCGGGGUGAUGAAGAGGGCGGAUGCAGACCAACCGGAGGAAGUGAUCCUUUAUCGCGCGAUGAGGGACUUGAUUAUGCCCAAGCUAGUUUUUGGCGAUAUGCCGCUUUUCACUGCCCUGCUGUCGGAUCUGUUCCCUGGUGUCGAGAUACCGGUGGCUGAGAGUGGAUCUCUGCAGAAGGCCAUAGAGGAGGAGCUGUCGGGGUCGGGACUUCAGGUGGUCCCACCAUUUGUAAUGAAGAUCAUUCAAAUUUUCGAUUGCAAGGUUGCAAGACACGGGAACAUGAUCGUUGGCAAAACAGGUGCUGGGAAAUCUGAGGGAUGGAAGACCCUGUCUAAGGCUAUGGCUCGUCUGAAGAAAGAGGGUGUCGAGGACUUCGAGCGUGUCCACGUUUAUCCUAUCAAUCCCCUGUCUCUUUCCGUCGAUGAGCUUUAUGGCUCUUUUGACGAGGCUACCCACGAGUGGACGGAUGGUGUUCUGGCACGAAUCAUGCGAACGACGUGCAAGGACGAGAGCCCUGACCAGAAGUGGAUCUUGUUCGAUGGGCCAGUCGACACGUUUUGGAUUGAAUCCAUGAACAGCCUCCUUGACGACAACAAAAUUUUGACUCUCCUAAGUGGAGAAAGAAUCUCCAUGCCUUCUCAGGUUUCCCUUCUCUUCGAGGUUGAAGACUUGUCCCAGGCAUCACCAGCCACCGUUAGUCGCGCAGGGAUGAUUUAUAUGAACGUCGAAAGCUUGGGUCCAUGGCCUUACUUACGGUCUUGGUUGAGAAACAAGGCUGCGGCUGGAGCCGACCAACUUCUGAUCGAGACCAUAGGAAAGAUGGCGGAGAAGUACAUCGAUGCUACCCAGGAAUUCAGGCGCCGGGAGUGCCAAGAGCUUGUGAGAGUCGACGACCUAAAUGCCGUCAUCUCCUUUUGCACGUUAUUCGACUCCUUGUGCACUCUGGAAAAUGGAGUGAAUCCCGCCGACCCAGAUACAUAUGUGGCAAUGAUGGAGUUGACCUUCUUAUUCAGCUUGAUAUGGUCUUUGUGUGCCAGUGCUGGAGAGGAAGGGAGGAAAAAGAUGGACAUGUUCCUGAGGGAACAAGAUACCAGGUACCCACCCACGGAGACCGUCUACGAGUACUUUGUGGAUCCCAAGAAGAAAGCCUGGGCACCUUGGGAGGAGAAGAUAUCAGGAGGGUACAAGCCUGCACCCGAUGUUCCCUUUUUCAAAAUUCGGGUGCCAACAAUCGACACAGUGAGGGCGAAGUUCGUGGUAAGGGCCCUUGUGCUGUCCAACAGGCACACCUUGGUGGUUGGUAAUGUUGGCGUGGGAAAGACCAUAAUCGCCCAGAGCGUUCUCUAUUCCCUGCCGGAAGGAAGGUCCAGAAUGAUCAUCAACUUCAGUGCACAGACAAGUGCACAGUCUUUGCAGGAAACGAUCGAGGGAAAACUGGAGAAGCGAACCAAGGGAGUUUUCGCUCCGACGGGAGGAAAGCGACUUGUGUGCUUCAUUGAUGACAUGAAUAUGCCAAGGAAGAGCCAGUUUGGUUUCAUGCCGCCGUUGGAACUUCUGAAAUUUUGGGUAGAUAACGGGUUCUGGUACGACAGGCAGAAGCAGGAGGUAAAACAUGUCAAAGAUAUGCAGUUGCUGGCAGCCAUGGCCCCUCCUGGGGGAGGGAGGAACCAAUUCAGCAUGAGAAUACAAGCUUGCUUUAGCCUUAUCAACGUGGCCAAUCCGAGUGAGACGCAGCUGAAGAGGAUCUUUGGGACCAUGCUGAAUGCCAAGCUGGUGGACUUCGAUGAUGAGAUCAAGCCUCUGGGAGAUGCAUUAACGCAGGCGUGCAUAGAUGUGUACAGGACAGUCUCUGUGGAGCUGCUGCCCACACCAAGCAAGAGCCAUUACGUUUUCAAUAUGAGGGAUCUGGGGAAGGUUGUGCAGGGAAUAUUGCAGGCAACACGGGGUUUCUACGACAGCAAGGAGUCUAUGCUUCAACUGCUGUGCCACGAGUGCUUUCGCAUAUUUGGCGAUCGCAUGUGGGACAAGGCAGACAGAGCAUGGCUGGAGAACUUGCUGGACGAAAGGCUAACCACCGUCUUUGGCAUCAGCUGGAAGACAUUGUUCGGCGACGACCCCAUGCCCGUCUUUGUAAGCUUUAUGCGACCGGGGAUGGACAAUCCUCCCUACGAGCCCUUUACGGACAUGAUCGCCGUCAAGGAGCUCCUUCAAGAGAGGCUAGAAGACUAUGGACUAGAACCAGGACUACAUCCCAUGGACCUCGUUCUCUUCCGGGAUGCAGUGGAGCAUGUGUGUCGCAUCCACCGGAUUUUGGCACAGCCCCAUGGCAAUGCACUGCUGGCCGGAGUUGGCGGCAGUGGGCGGAAGAGCUUGGCGAGGCUCUCAGCUUUUGUCACAGAGCAGAAGGUAUUUUCUAUUGAGAUUGCUAAGACCUACCGCCUUGGCGAGUUCCAUGAAGACCUCAAGAAUCUUUAUCGGCAAGCAGGUGGUGGCGACGCCCCCAAGCCCACAACGUUCCUGUUCGACGACACACAGAUAGUCCUCGAAACCUUCUUGGAAGACAUCAACAACAUCCUUACCAGUGGGGAAGUACCCAAUCUCUUCAGCAAAGAGGAGGCACAAGCGCUCUGUGAUGAGUGCCGCCCUGCAGCCCAAAAGGCACAUGCGGGAGACACCAAUGAUGCCAUAUUUGGCUUUUUCAUCGAACGGGUUCGCACAAACCUUCACAUUGUCUUAUGCCUCAGUCCUGUCGGCGAAACUUUCCGGAACAGGCUGAGAAUGUUUCCGGGGCUGGUGAACUGCACCACAAUAGACUGGUUCGUAGAGUGGCCUUCGGAUGCACUGCUGGAGGUGGCCACCAAGUUGAUGCAUUCGGAAGACUUGGGAACCGCAGAGGUGAAGGCGAAUAUCUGCUGUGUCUUCGUCACUGCUCACCUGUCGGUGUCUGAAAUGUCCACUUCGAUGCUCUCUCAACUGAAGCGCCAUAACUACGUUACUCCGAGCAACUACUUAGAAUUCAAUAAAGGGUAUAGCCUAUUGCUGAAGGAAAAGAGGAAAGAGCUGGGGGAUAAUGCUGCCAAGCUCCGGGGAGGGCUGCAGAAGUUGGACGAAACUCGACAGCAGGUAGCAAGUAUGCAAAUCGUGUGCCAAGAAAAAAAGGCCGUAGUCGCGAAGGCAAAACGGGACUGCGAAGAGCUCCUCGUGGAGAUCGUGCAGGAGAAACGGCUUGUGGACGAGCAAGAAAAGCAGGUUAAUGCUGAGGCCAGCAAGAUCGAGAAGGAGACCGAAGAGUGCAACAAAAUUGCGACGGAAUGCCAGAAGGAGCUUGAGAAGGCACUUCCCGCUCUUCAGGCAGCCGAGGAAGCACUUAACGUACUGACGAAGAAGGACCUGGCAGAGGUCAAAGCAUACCCCAAGCCUCCUGCCCUUGUGGAGUUGACGUUGGCGGCUGUCAUGACUGUACUGAAGAGACCGACGACGUGGGAGGAGUCGAAGCGGCAACUGGGCGACCCAGGCUUUCUAGAGAAACUGCUCAGAUAUGACAAGGACCUGCUGGUGGACUCCCUGCUCAAGAAAAUCAACAAAUAUACAUCAAACCCGGAUUUCACACCUGAAACAGUGGGAAAGGUGUCGUUGGCCGCGAAAGGACUAUGUCUUUGGGUCCGGGCAAUGGAAGUGUAUGGAUAUGUAGCGAAGGAUGUCAGCCCGAAGCGGGCAAAGCUUAAGAAUGCGACUGACACGCUUGCUAAGAAACAAGCAGCACUUCAGGCAGCAAAAAACCAGCUUUUGGAGGUCGUGGCCAAAGUGCAAGCUCUGAAAGAGAAAUACGAUGUAAGCACAGCAAACAAGGAGGCACUGCAGCAAGAGUUGGACGAGUUGGAGGUGAAAUUGCAAAGGGCGGAGAAGUUGGUCUUUGGGCUUGCGGGUGAGAAAGUACGGUGGCAAACAAGCAUCGAGAGACUUCAGAACCAACUACGAAUGCUUCCUGGUGACUGUCUUGUCGCAUCUGCAUUCCUCUCCUAUGCGGGCCCAUUCCCAAGCGAGUACCGGGACAUGCUAGUUCGGCAGACCUGGCUUUCACAGGUCCGCAAGCUGGCGAUUCCCUGUUCCGCCGAUUUUGAUUUUGCAUUCUUCCUUGCCAACGCCAGCGAUGUGCGGGACUGGAAUAUCCAGGGACUCCCGGCGGAUGGUUUCUCGACUGAAAACGGGGUCAUUGUCACCCGAGGACGAAGAUGGCCACUCAUGGUGGACCCGCAGGGCCAAGCCAACAAGUGGGUGAAGAGCAUGGAGGCGAGCCGUCGUCUCAAGGUUGUCGAUUUGCAGGCGUCCGACCUAUUGAGGACGAUGGAAAAUGCGAUUAUGUUUGGAAAUCCGGUCCUUCUCCAGGACAUCCUAGAGGAGAUAGAUCCUGCUUUAGAUCCAAUACUGGGUAAGACCUUCAUGAAAAGAGGGAACCAGAUUCUGAUAAAACUUGGCGAUAAGGAGAUCGACUACAAUACAGAUUUCCGACUCUAUAUUACGACAAAGCUAAGCAAUCCUCACUUCACACCGGAGGUCUCUGCAAAAGCUACCGUUGUCAAUUUUUCGGUGAAAGAACAAGGACUGGAGGCGCAGCUGCUGAAUCUGGUAGUUCAGAAGGAGAGGCCCGACUUAGACAAGCAGAAAAAUGAGCUUGUCAUUAAGGUGGCCACGGGGAAAAGAACUCAAGCACACCUUGAAGAUGAGAUUUUGCGGAUGUUGUCCACUGCCACGGGGUCUCUUUUAGAUAACGUGGAGCUUAUAGACACCCUGGACAAGUCAAAGACGACAUGGGAGGAGGUAAACGAGUCACUGAAGAUCUCGGAAGACACGGCAAAAAAGAUCGAGAUUGCCAGCGCCGCAUACAAGCCAAGUGCGGUGCGUUCAUCGAUUCUGUUUUUCGUUCUGAUUGAGCUGUCUGCAAUAGAUCCCAUGUACCAGUUUUCACUUGAUGCGUACACAGACCUCUUCCUCAUAUCAAUCCAAAAGAGUCCGAAGGCGGACAGUGUGGCAGAGAGGAUAAAGAGCCUCAAUGAUUUUCACACGUACGCAGUGUACAAGUACACAGCACGUGCCCUAUUCGAGCGGCACAAGCUGUUGCUCUCUCUACAGAUUUGCACACGAGUAUUACAGGCUGGGAAUCAGAUGAAUAGCGAAGAAUGGCAGUUCUUUCUACGGGGAGGCACAGUCCUGGACAGAACGUCUCAGUCCCCGAACCCGGGGAAAAGCUGGAUUUCGGAGCAGGCAUGGGACCACAUCACCGAGCUUGACAAGCUACCUCAGUUCAAAGGAAUCGUUUCAAGCUUUGAACAGAACUUAGGUCUGUGGGAGAGCUGGUAUCGGUCAUCCGAGCCAGAGGGUGCCGAACUUCCAUCCGAAUGGGAGAGUAAAUGCAGCGAGCUCCAGCGGAUGAUCCUCGUGCGCUGCUUACGACAGGAUCGGGUUAUAUUUGCUUCAACAGGCUACGUGGCAAACAGUUUAGGACGUCGUUUUGUGGAGCCACCGGUGCUUGACCUUGGUGAGACCUAUGAUGACUCAGUCCCUGCUUCCCCUCUGAUUUUCGUCUUAUCUGCAGGUGUGGAUCCCACAAGCAGCCUGAAGCAGUUAGCUGGACAAAAGAACAUGAGUGAACGUUUUUUCGCAGUCGCGCUUGGUCAGGGCCAGGCGCCCAUCGCUACGAAGUGCAUCGAGGAUGGCGUGCGCGACGGCAAUUGGGUUUUCCUGGCAAACUGCCACCUGAUGACCGGAUGGCUACCUGUGCUGGACAAGAUAGUGGACGGCCUGGAAGCCCGAAAACCGCAUGCCAGCUUUCGGCUAUGGCUAUCCAGCUCGCCAAACCCCAAGUUCCCCAUUGGAAUACUACAACGAGGAAUCAAGAUGACAACUGAGCCACCCAAGGGCCUGCGAGCGAAUUUGCUUCGACUUUACAACGCCACGACUGAGGAGGACUUCAACCAGUGCCGUGCUCAGCAGAAGUACCAGAAGCUCUUCUUCUCCCUCAGCUACUUCCACAGUGUUUUGCUGGAGAGAAAAAAGUUCGGGAUGCUCGGUUUCAACGUCCAGUACAACUUCAAUGACACUGAUUUUCAAGUCUCCAACGACCUUUUGAAGUCUUAUCUGGAUUCCUACGAGGAAACACCCUUCACUGCCCUCAAGUACCUCAUUUCCGAGGCCAACUACGGUGGUCGAGUCACGGAUGAGAUGGACCGUAGAGUUCUCAUCAGCUACCUCAACCAGUUCUACUGCGAGGAAACCAUCUCCACUCCUAAUUAUCCUCUAUCCCCGCUCCCCUAUUACUAUGUUCCCGACAACGGUGGCCUUCAAAGUCACCGGGACUAUAUCCUCUCUCUCCCAACUGUUGAUAGACCUGAGGCAUUUGGUCAGCACCCGAACGCUGACAUUGCCUUUCAGAUUGCGGACACAAGGACUGUUCUUGAGAGCAUCGUGAGCCUGCAGCCACGACUAGCAUCAGGGACACGUGGCAUGCAGAGAGAAGACGUCGUCAUGAACCUCAUUACCGACCUAUUUCAGCAGGUUCCAGAGCCACUGAACCUGGAGGCGAUUCAACGACACAAGCAAGAUGAUCCGUCCGCCCUCCACGUGGUCUUGUUCCAAGAGAUCGAACGGUACAAUACACUGCUCUUGGCUGUCCGUCACGACUGUAUGGAGCUUCAGAAAGGCAUCCGUGGAAUUGUGUUGAUGUCAUCAGAAUUGGAAGCCAUGUUCUCCGCCCUUUACGAUAAUAGGGUCCCUGCAAUGUGGCUCAAGUGUUACCCCUCUCUUAGACCACUGGGCCCAUGGAUGAGAGACCUGGUUCAACGAAUCAUCGAGCUGAACCAGUGGGCCGCGAAGACGUAUCCCAUAGUCUAUUGGUUAGGCGGGUUCACUUACCCGACUGGUUUUUUAACGGCAGUCCUACAGACAACGGCGCGACGAAUGGUGGUUCCUAUUGACACGUUGUCUUGGGACUUCACGGUAAUCAUCGACAAUGAGAAGGAUAUAAUUGCGCCACCGAGAGACGGAGUACUAGUCAAGGGACUGUUCUUGGAAGGUGCUGGCUGGGAUUACCAGAAUGGUUACCUCACUGAGCCUGAACCCAUGGAGCUCAUUGUACAGAUGCCUAUCAUACAUUUCAGGCCGGUAGAGAGCAAGAAGAAAGCCCACAAGGGUACCUACGCUUGCCCGCUCUACAUCUACCCGAAGAGGACGGGCACCAGAGAGCGCCCCAGCUACAUGCUAAGCGUCGAUCUCAAGACUGGCACGGCCGAUGGUCUACAGGAAGCCAACUUGAUGGCUACGCCUCAAGCUCUACCUACAGGAAGCCAAUUUGAAGUUUUGAACCCAUUAUGGAAAAGCAAAAGGCCAUCCAAUUGCCAUUUACAGCUAUUCAUAUCAUCUCAGUUCGUCUGUUGUCGUCGUCUGGGUAUAAUCUCCACCCUUUUCCCCGAUUUUCUAGAGGAAAGUGGAUGGAUGUAAUGAACCCAACUUCAGAAGCUUACAAUCAAAUCCCACAUGAACACACAGUGCUCAACUCAAUGAUACAACCACCAAAUUGGGACAGUAUAGAAAGAUAAGAGACCAUGUGAAGAACCUGCUAAAAGCAUACAGUCAUCUGGACUCUUUCCCCACCCGCCUGGACACAGUGUCACUUGCCAAGUCAACCUCUCUACAGCGCUGGCUAUCCUAGGACAGCACAAUGUAGCUGGAACUAGAAAGGACAAUGUCAAUAUUCUGCAACAGCAUGGAAUCUUCUUCCUCCAAAUCACAACCACAUUUGCCUGCCUGAAGCUAUGGUGAGCUUAUCUCUCAUCCCCUGAUCUUACUUAGUCAAGCACAAGUGCCACACUCUCUGUAUAGCACAAGCACCAACAGGAUGAAGUGCUGGAUGACGAACGCUGGUCUCCCUCCUCUUGGAAUCUUCUUCCAUGGGUAGGUAUGGCCGCCAGUCAACAGGUAAGCUUCCUAGGCUUGCUUCCCAACUCCUGUCCAAUGGUUAUCUCGUUCUUCCUAUCUCCGCUGUGACCCUCAUUUUUGUGGCGUCAGGCAAGCUCUAGUCCAUAACACCCCCUCUGAGGCUUGGAUGAAGAAUGUGGGGCGCAUGCAACCACUGGUCUUCUCUGCAGCAGCUAUGGCUGAACACUCCGGGUUGGCAUUCUCUCCAGGUAAGCUUCCUCUUCACCCCAAGCCUUGGACUCUACCUCAGAUCUCCCCUGUUCUCUCUCUGGUAGCUAUGGUGCAUCAGCACCUUCUUCAGGCUAUGGCUACCACUCUCUGCCCUUCUAGUUAUGGCAGCCUCUCUCUCUGACUGCCUUCUCUAGCACUCACUGUAUAGCAGCGCACUGUACCGUGUCACUGUAGCACAUCACUGUAGCGCGUCACUGUGGCCACACACUGUAGAAUGUGCACUGCAGAAACGGAAGGCAGAAUGAAUCCAUGAACUGGUGCAGACCACCCUUUUAUAGUGCUUGCUCGGCCUGGCGUGCCUCCAUUUGCCUCCUCGAAGGGCUGAGAUUUCCCAAUAUGUGGCCCAGAUUUGCUCGGGACCAGUGUGUGCCUGGACCCAGUGGGCCUUAGAAACUUCUAGAAACUGCACUGAGCCUUUGGGGGGUUGUGUGAAAUAUGUGGCCGCGGUUGACUCCUGGGAAAUCUUUGACUCUUCGAUUUCUGGGCCCUGGUCGGGCUUGACUGUUGACUUUCCUAGAGUCCACUUGUGAAUCAAGAGGCCUGAGGUGCUUCAUUUUCACCCUUGACCCAAUACCUAUUCACCAAGGGACAUUCUAGUGCCUCUUAGAGUCAGGGAAGUGACUUUUGGACCCUAUAACUUUUACCUGUCCAAAGUUUACGACCCCUAAGCAUCUCUGUACGGGUUUCAUAUCAGUUCUAGAGACUUAUGAGAGUACGUAGGACCAAAACUGUUUACCCCUGAACUCUGCUGGGUCAAAAGCUUUGUACUUUAGACUUUCACCCUCUGGUUUUACCCCAUCCUUUGACUGUGUAGGUGUCUUCAUUCCAAAGAGCUUUGACUAAGAUAAGGACUAGACCAUAGUCUGUCUGUAGGAUUGCGGGCCAUUCUGACGGACUUUGGGACCCUACAGUCCUAUUUCUCAUGCUUAGCCUUGACUCAGACUUUGGAUGCAUGUUUCUGUGCUGGAUUUGAACCCGGGUCAUUGCAGUGGAUGCCACAGCAUCGAGCCUCACUCCUCGCCUUCUUCCUCCGAACACAACAGGUGAACGGUGCAAUAAAUACAGCCACAGUAA